AUGGCUGUUCUCAAGAUCUCAUUACUACUACUGGCAGCUACAACCGUGGUGUCCGCUGGAUACUUGAGCCACGGGGGCGGUGGGGGAGGUUAUGGAGGUGGCCACGGGGGCGGUGGAGGAGGCUAUGGAGGUGGCCAUGGGGACGGCGGAGGAAGUUAUGGGGGAGGCCACGGGGGCGGCGGCCACGGAGGAGGUCAUGGCGACUAUGACUACUUUGCACCGGCGCACUACGCGUUCGAGUACGAGGUGCAUGACCCUCACAGCCAUGACGUCAAGAGCCAGCACGAGACACGGAAGGGGGACGAUGUGAAGGGGUUCUACAAGCUGGUGGAGCCUGAUGGAACCAUCAGGGAGGUGCACUACACAGCUGACAAACACAACGGCUUCAACGCGGUGGUGAAGAAAACAGGACAUGCCAAACAUCCGGCGGUGUACGGCCACGGAGACGGCGGCCAUGGAGGAAGUCAUGGGGGCCACGGGGGAAGCUAUGGGGGCCACGGGGGAAGUUAUGGGGGUCAUGGUGGAGGCGGACACUACUAAAACC